AUGGAGGCGUGCCCCGCGCCACGCGUGCUGCUUCGGCGGACGGAUAGUCCACGUCCUGGGGGUCGCUCACGCGACCUCGAAGGGGGACACCUUCGUAGUUGGAUGAGCCCCUCGGGGAGAUACUUCGACGGGUUGGUGUUCCCCACGCCUUGCGGUCACAUCGGUGAUCGCGCUACACGUCGAGGGGCCGCACAAGCGGCAAACGGAGGCCCACCAUCUCGGAUGGACCGGCUUCUAAGGCGUUGGGGUACCAUCUACAACGCCUACACGUCGUUGGAACAGGUGCCUGAUUCCUGGACAGCUACGGUGCAGGAGGCCGCCCCAAGCUCAACAAACUAA